GAGUCUAAUUAGGUUUUCCCUAUAUGAAUAUGAAGACAUUACAGGCCUGAAUUGUGAAACAAUAGAUGAGGGGGAUAACGUAUUGGUUGAUCACAGAGCAUUUUGGGAAGAGCUAAAGGUCGAUGGAGCGCCAAACUGGUAUGAGUUGGAUGAAGCGCUGAAGGUUUGCAGGACUUGGGUUCCAGAGAAGAGAAAGAUGAUUGGAUUGUUAUUUGUGUUGCAUGUUGGUAUUUUGGGAAUCUCGAGGUCUAGUAGGAUUCCUUUGGAAUAUGCAAAAAGAGUUGUGGAUGGAAAAGCAUUUGAACGAUUUCUGUGGGGGCGGAUAGGGUUUAGGGAGCUAAUUCAGUCUAUAAAAGUGGUUUCUUUUGAGAACAAUGGUUAUGCAAUCCAUGGAUGUGUGCAUGUGUUAAUGAUAUGGGCUUUGGAUAGUUUGGUUAACCUGGGGAAAAAACAUGGUAAAAAAAGAGAAGUUGGUGAUGAUGAAGGGGAAGUCCCCCUGCUUAGCUGGAGUGGUGGCCGUCCAAGGAUUUCAGUAGCUGAGUUUCUAGCGAGAGAGAAACAAUUACAUAAGAAGGUGCAAGUUCAUCAUUUAUCUAUAAGACGGAAAGAGGAAAUAUAUCCAAUUUGGCAGGGGAGAAUGCGGUGUAUGGGGAUGGACCGAUGGAGUAGGUGGAAACAAGUUGCUUGACAACCUGCUGCAUGAUAUAAUUGAGGGUUGUGUUGAUGAAAAGCAAUGGUAUGAAAACGAUGAAACGGUGGUUGUUGAGAAGAAGAGGAUGGAUAAGAGGUCGCGUCGUCAGAGUGCCGAAGAUAUGUUGGUGUGGGGAAGGAAUUGUGACUGUCAUUUCCAAAUCUGAUUCCAAUCCAUAUCGGCGAUACUUCUGCUGUGGAUACGCUGCUUCAAAUCGGGUAAGUUAUUGCUAAACAUGAGGCAUACAAAAUUAACUCUAUGACAAUUUGGUAUCUUAACCAGCUGCAGAACGAUGAUCACACUUUUAAGUGGGUUGAUGAAGCAAUGCUUAACGAGAUCGAUUCAUUGGUUCAAAAGAAUUGUCAACUGGAGGACCAGCUAAAAGAGGUCAGAUCUGAGAGGGAGGCCUUCGAGAAACUCGUCUUUGAUAAUAUAGGAAGUAAGGUGGAAAAGGAGGUUUAUGCGAAGAUUGAACAUGCGGUGUCUGAAGCCAAAGCCAGCACUAAAAAGGUCAUACUCGGCAUUGUCGUUUUUGGUAUGCUGAUUUUCGGCUGCAAGCGGUUAUUUUGAUGAUGUCGUUGUCAAUGUUCUGUAUAUGGUAGUCGCUAGUAUGUUGUCCUCGGACGUGUUAUAACUAUUGGCUGUUUGUAUGGGUAUCGUAAACACUAGUUCGUUACU